CUCAUUGAUGAUAAAGCCUUAAUUAAGAAAUAUCGUAUGGAGAUUGAAGAAUUAAAGGCACAACUCGAAAAAACUGGUACUUACAAAGAAGAGGAAAUUUCUGUGAUGUUGCAACAAGAAAGAGCUAAAUACGAAGAAAAGUUUGUGGAGAUGGAGCUUGUUAGAACUGCAUUAAAGAAGAGAAUCGAUGACCUAACAAGUUUGAUUUUAAAUAGUACUUCAUUUGCUCCUUCAUCAUCACGAAAACCAUCUAGUGAUUCUGUUGUAGUUCCAGCAAUUGAUUCAAGGAUUGAUGAGUUUGAAAUGUUAAUUGAAGAAAAAAAUUCAAAGAUUGAUUCAUUAACCUCUGAGAUUUCUGAAAAAAAUAAACUAAUCGAAGGUUUGAAAAGACAGUUAGAAACAUCAAAGAAUGCUAACAACUCAGACUUACAAUCAACAUUGACAGAACUUGAUGAAAAACUAAAAGACAAAGAUGAUGAAUUGAUGUCGUAUCGUAACUUGGUAGAAGAAUUAGAAAUAAUUGUUGAGGAGGACAAGAAGCUUAUUAAAGAGAGGGAUUCUAAGAUUCAGGAAUUAUCAAAGAUUAUUGAAGAUGAUAAGAAAUUAAUUGAUGAAAAUAAUUUAAAGAUCAAAGAAUUAUCAUCAAAGAUUGAGGUAAAGAAUAUGACAAUUCAGGAAUUAUCAUCAGAGGUGGCAAAGAAAAAUAACAUUGUUGAGAAGAGAGACACAAAAAUCAAGGAAUUGUCAUCUGAAUUGACAAUUAGAGAUGCAUCAAUAAAUGAAAGAAGCACUGAGAUCCAAGGAUUAGCACUUGAAAAGUCAAAAUUAAGUAAAAUUGUUGAUGAUGAUAAGAGAUUGUUACAAGCAUUGUCAUUGGAUAU